AUGGCCCGUCAUACCAAGACGAUCGUGCAAUCGGCCAUCCUCAAGUCUGCCGCAAACCUCACCGCACAGCUCUUCCGCUACUCAACCAAUCCCACAGCUCAGCCGCUAGACUGGAAGGCUGUCGUUGAAUUCGCUAUCUUCGGCCUGAUCCAGGCCCAAGUGAACUGCCAUUGGCAGGAGUUCCUAGAAGAUGUAUUUCCGUCGUACUCGGCCGCAGAAAAGACAACUGCCCUACAGAAGACCAUCCAGUGGCGGAAUAUUGCCUACAAGAUAAUUCUGGAUCAGACAAUCGGGCUCUUCAUAAUGAAUACGAUCUUUUUGGUUUGCACCAAUUUCACCCGAUUCACCAGUGCGUCUGUGCUGCUAGCCGAAGUCAACCGGAAGGACGACAUGGCGUGGUUCCAUAAGGUAUCUUCAUUAUUACUUGUGGCGGGCCUGUGUGUUCAACCGUCGUGGCAAUCGCAAUGUACAAGUUCGACGGUCGAUAAGCCGCGGGUUUUAGUGCUCAGCGACAUCGACAACGAGCCGGACGAUGCGCAGUCCUUGGUCCGCCUGAUGGUGUACUCCAAUGAACUACGCCUGGAAGGUCUCGUGGCGACGACCAGUAUCUGGCUGAACGAUACGACCCGACCGGAUCUCAUGCACGAUAUCGUGGAUGCCUUUGAAAUAUCAGUGCCGUAUCUCCGCCACCAUGCAUCGGGAUGGCCCGACGCCAGCGAGAUGCACAGUCUAAUCGCGUCCGGACUGCCCGUGUACGGUAUGGAUGGCGUUGGCGAGGGGAAGGAUAGUAGUGGUUCAACACUGUUGAUCAAUGCGGUUGACAAGUCCGAAGAGCCCCUCUGGGUCCUCAUAUGGGGUGGUGCGUCGGUUCUGGCGCAGGCCUUGUGGCACGUCAAUGCCACCCGAUCGCCAGCGGAUCUCGAUCGUUUCGUGGCCAAAUUACGUGUGUAUUCGAUUUCCGACCAGGACAACACAGGAACCUGGAUGCGGCGCAACUGGCCCAGCCUGUUCUACAUUGCCAGUGUGCACCACUUCAAUCGCUAUGCCGUGGCUGGAUGGGGCGGCAUUUCGGGUGACGACUACUAUCAUUUCCCCAAUAAGGCUAAUAAGGAAGUCAUCUCAUCCGCCUGGGUCCAGCAAAACAUUCAGGCUGUUGGUCCCUUAGGUACCAAAUAUCCGGAUGCGGAUUUCAUCCUCGAGGGCGACACCCCUUCCUUGCUGCACAUUCUCCCGAACGGCCUCACCGACCCGGAACAUCCAGAGUGGGGAUCAUGGGGUGGUCGGUAUGGGCCUGUCACCUUUGGAGAAGGCCAUUUUGCCGACAGCGUUGACACCAUCGUGGAUGAUUCGGGGCGAACAAUGAUGGGAUCCCAUGUCACCGUCUGGAGAUGGCGCGAGGCGUUUCAGCGAGACUUUGCCGCUCGCAUGAAGUGGACGAUCGCAUCCAGGUUCUCUGACGCGAACCACGCCCCGGUUGUCACGGUCGACGGGGACAGGACUCGUCGCGUUAUCCAGAUCCCGGUGGAGCCAGGCCAGGAGGUCGUGCUGGACGCAACGGACUCCUGCGAUCCCGACGGAGACAGCCUGACCUUCAAGUGGUGGCAGUACUUGGAACCUUCUUCCAACAACAACAAUCCCCGGAGAGAUGUCGCUGAGCUUUCCCUGAGUUCUACGGAUUCCCCCCGAAUCACUGUCACAAUCCCCCCGAGCCAGGUGAUACGACGAGAAGACCGCAACACCCACCCGGAAAGCGACAAGCACUUGCACCUCAUUUUACAGGUUUCUGACGGGGACGUGGUGUCCUAUCGUCGAAUCAUCUUUACGGUGCCAGGCUCGGGAUCAGCUCGGGACAAACAGAAGAGUCACGACGAACUGUAG